AAAUUUACAAUUUACAAUUCAUAGAGCUGUCACCUAAUAUAGAUGUUUCUUUAAUAUAAAAGUUCUAUCACUCGUAUGGAUAAAAUGGCAUUGCUUCACCCGUCGAAUUACGUGAACAAACAAUGAUCAGUUUAUGAAAGUAGACACUGAAAGCUUAAAAAAAAGACUUAUAUUCAACUGCAAAUUACAUAUCAGGAAAUUGCCCAUCAUUUGGUACUUCCUUGACGCAAACGGAACUUCUGCAAGAACUGGCAAAUGACUGCCGUUACGAUAAGAUGGUUAGGCCGCCCGGAGUAAAUAAUGAGACCGAUCCGAUUAGAAUUUACACCAGAGCUUUUAUCUACACAAUAAAAUCCAACAUGGCCAAAACUCUGCAAUUUGAUGUGCAUUUAAUGCUGCAGUUUCGAUAUUUGGAUAAACGGCUUAAAUUCACCGACAUAGCUCCUUAUUUGACUCAAAUAUACGGCGGCCAGAACACUCAUAAAUUAAUUUGGACGCCUACCGUGUACGUUGCGAACGAGCGUACCUCGGCGGUAAUGGGAAAUGGCGUCAAAGACCUACUUAUCUCUAUCAGCUCUUACGGCAUGGUCAUAUUAAACACUAGAUUGGUAGUUACCCUCAACUGCGGCCUACGAUUAGAGAAGUUUCCAUUCGACGUACAAGAAUGUCCAUUGGUGUUUGAAAGCUGGACUCACAAUGUGAACGAAAUGGUGCUAGAUUGGGAAGAAAAUCCAAUUGUCAUCGCGGACGAUUUAUAUCUGACGGAAUACAAACUCAUGGACACGUGGGUGAAUCGCUCCGGGAUAUCUUAUACCUCAUCACAAUAUCACUAUGGGCAUUUUGCUGGCAAUUUCAGUUCGAUAAAUAUCACAUUUAAACUAGCCCGUGAAAUGGGAUUCUUUAUGAUGGAUUAUUACGUACCGUCUAUAUUGAUUGUUGUGAUUUCAUGGGUGUCUUUUUGGUUACACCAAGAUGCGAGCGCACCACGGAUAGUUUUAGGCACAAAUACUAUUUUAGCAUUUAUGACACUCGCAUCGAAAGUUGAAAAUUCGUUACCGAAGGUCUCUUAUAUAAAAGCGAGCGAAAUUUGGUUUUUAGGUUGUACGAUAUUUUUGUUUGCCGCAAUGGUCGAAUUUGCCUUUGUCAACACCAUAUACAGGAGGAAAAAAAACGUACCGUUGAAAAAAGUUAACAGUAAAUACAUUCUUAAAUCAACCCUGACGCCACGAUUAGCAAGGAAACAAUUUCAGAAGAACACAACCGGUUUGGAACGAUCCCGAUCAUGGUCGUCGUUAGAUAACGCGAAUACGAACAACGAACAAGAUUUCUCAAGUCAGAAUUAUCUUACUGUACACAGUUUUCCGAGCACGCUCAAUAUUCCAUCAGUAAGAAUAGAAGAAGAUAAAGAUGCAGAUUAUUCCGUUGGUAGUAUCACAACCAUCGAUAGCACCCCGCCAGCUAAAUCAUUUACACGCAGGCCAACUCUAGCCAAGUUACACAAUUUUACAACAAUGACACCUCAGGAGAUCGCUCAAUGGAUCGAUAAACGCAGUAGGAUAGUAUUCCCUGUAUCAUUUAUCAUAUUCAAUAUUCUCUAUUGGUCUUUUAUAUGGAUCUGAAAUUACACUAUGCAAUGAUCAAUUUUAAUCGAAUCUCCUCAUUUUAAGUCUCGAAACACAAUCUAACCCGUAAGAUAUUAAUCAGUCAGUCACAUAUGAAGAAAAUGAUCGAGUAUGAUUGGUUAAUUUCUUACAGUUUAAGAUAUACCUACUGUAUUUUGGGACUUAGCCCAGACAGACGAAUUUGUCAACAACAGAUUUUGUAAGACAAAUUUUGUAGGCAGAACAUCAGCAGAAAUAUAACGCAGAAUCAGAA